AUGAGUGCAUUAUUACGGGAGAGAAAUAAGUUGACAUCAAUUACUUUUCUCCAAGUCACACCAAGUUCAGCCAAUCAAAUGAGCAACUUGCAAAAUAAGAAAGCAAAAAGAGAGCGAUUCAUACCAAGAUAUCUUGGCAAGCUGUUUUAUACAUUUGCCGUCAACGUAAAUGCCAGGGAAUACCCUCUUCCGUAUCGUCGAGUUGGGGUGCCCCGAAGUAAACAUAAGAUAGUAUCUAGCAGCUAUGUAUAUUUGCCAGGGAAUACCCUCUUCCGUAUCGUCGAGUUGGGGUGCCCCAAUGCUUAUGUAUUGUUAAUAUUUGGACCAUUUUUAGCAGUAUCUUUAAAGCAAUCUUUAAAUGAAGUUUCUUUUUGCAAUCUUAUACAACUUUUUGGCUGUCCUUCGGCCAAGCACUUGAUGCAAUUCAUUCUUCCAGCUAGGUUUGCCCUGAAUUUCGUUACAAAUGACAAUUCUUCUUUCCUUUUUUCACUUGUGAAUAAUAAUGGUUCCAGGAUAUAUAAAAAGAUAGAGUUAUGGAGGUAUAUCGUCUGGUUAAAGGUCUUGGAGUUGCUUAAACAAACUUUUGUCUGUGGAGCAAAUGGGAUUAACAUGGUCAGCCAAGCUUGA